ACAAUUACUACUCGAUCUUAGGCGAGCCAAGCAAGGAACAACAACAAUUAUAUGUGCAGGGUAAAUUAGGUGCGGUAAAAAACACGCAAAUGCGGAGGGAUAAUGAGGAGGCCAACCAUUUCCGCUUCUAUGAGUUGGGGCUAUCUCAAGAAAGUCCCCGUUUCUUUUUAUUGCCCGCCAUUUCCAGUAUAGUUUCCCCGGAAUUCGACAACAAGCGAAAUGAAGUGAUACAUAACUGGUGUGAGUUCUUGCCAAGAGGUGUGCCGAAUGAAACAACCUUUCAGAAAUCUGUUUCCAGACGUCUCGAUGAAAUCCUGGAACGGGCAUGCGAGGUGUUCGACGGCCAAGUUGAGAAAAAAGGAAAGAAACUGCGGAUUCAACCCUCGGCGGUUGUACUUCACGAUAAUGCGAAUUCCAGUGGAAAGCUGCAUAUAGAGAAAAAGUGUAUUUCUCUCCAGAAAGAAGAAUGUGUCUUUACAUCUCUGGAUAGGACGAGCAACGCUGUCACCUCGUUGGAAGACUUACCUGGAGUAUCAGGACUAUUGAUGGAUCUUACCAGCAGGUUUCAAAAGGGACAGAAUGUCACACUUCUUACGGCAGAUGCCACGAUUGGUAAACACCAUUUGGCACUGACGAUGCUUUUGGAUUUUGUUCGCUUGGCACUGAAACGAAAGCCAAAUGAAACUUACAUCACAUUUUCUUUUGUGUUCGUCCGUAAUGGACGCUUUGUGUAUGAUCUUUUGGCCGAUCAGGAGACUCUUAUGGCAUCGAAGCUUUCGUUUAAAUGUAAUAGAUUGCUUGGGCCAAUGAUUCAGGAUGGUGUGAGGUGGCAUGAUGUGCAGCAUGCGCACGAAAUGGAUGCAAUUAUCAAACAGAUUGAACAAACUCUAUCGGUGUUGUUAGUACGGUGUGUCAGCAAGGAGGACAUGCAAAGUACGUUCAUAAUGUUAACAGCCGUCGCUAAAACGGUUGAACCGCACGAUGUUGUGUUUUCGUCUUUUGUUGGUUUUUUUGUUUGGAACGAGGUGAACUUGUACGAUUUCCUGCUACGAUCACAAGAACAGGAAAAGCAAGUAAAUAGUGCUGAAAAAGAAGCCAUGCGAUCAAUUUUACUUUCUGCUGUGCGAGAUCGCUCGAGUUUUGUACGGACUUGCUUUGUGUAUCAUACGGCCAUGCCGGAGACGUGUGCUCAACGUUUUUUGAUGGUACAGAACCGGUUGUGUGGUUGUUUUUCGAACGAGCCCCAUAAAGGCACUUUGGCUUCCAUGACACGGCGACAAAAAGCGAAGGUGACGGGAAAAACGACGGGGUGGAGGAGGCUCCUGGGACGUGGGUCCGUAAAAAUGGGAGAAGACAAAUCGCGCAUGGUGAAUCAGCUCAAAUACUUUGAAAUGAUUCUUGCCGACACUUACAAGGCGGUGCUUUUAGUGGAGGGAAUGGAAAGUAAGCCGCCAUCAACCGAAUCACCAGAAAAUGGGGGGGAAACGGGAAAGGAUGAAUAA